GUGACGUCGGUGUGGCGUCACUUCCGUUGUCAGGUGGCGGAGUCGGUGCGGGACUGGCGAGACGUCGGACGGUGGCCGGCGGGGCCGGGCCCGGAGGCGGCGAAGAUGGAACUCAGAAUGAAACGGCGUGUGUCUGACCGAGGAGGAGGAGGGGAGACAUCUGCCAAGGCACUCUGCCUGGGCAUCUCCAGCAACAGCGCCGCCAAGCGGGCCGGGCCCUUCAUCCUCGGGCCUCGCUUGGGCAACUCUCCAGUGCCCAGCAUCGUCCAGUGUUUGGCCAGGAAGGACGGGACAGAUGACUUCUACCAGCUCAAGAUCCUCACCUUGGAAGACAAGAGCGACAAAGGCACAGAGACCCAGGAGGAGCGCCAGGGGAAGAUGCUGCUCCACACCGAAUAUUCCCUCCUGUCCCUUCUGCACAACCAGGAUGGUGUGGUCCACCAUCAUGGCCUUUUCCAAGACCGGGCCUGUGAGCAGGUGGAGGACUUGGAAUCCAGCCGCCUGGUGCGGAAGGUAAAGAAGCGCAUUUGCCUGGUGCUGGACUGCCUCUGCGCCCACGACUUCAGCGACAAGACGGCCGACCUCAUCAACCUCCAGCACUAUGUCAUCAAGGAGAAGCGCCUCAGCGAGAGGGAGACUGUGGUCAUCUUCUACGAUGUGGUGCGCGUGGUGGAGGCUCUGCACAAGAAGAACAUCGUCCACAGAGACCUGAAGCUGGGAAACAUGGUGCUGAACAAAAGAACCCACAGGAUCACCAUCACCAACUUCUGCCUGGGGAAGCACUUGGUGAGCGAAGACGACCUGCUGAAGGACCAGCGUGGGAGCCCGGCCUACAUCAGCCCCGACGUCCUGAGUGGCCGGCCAUAUCGGGGGAAGCCCAGCGACAUGUGGGCCUUGGGGGUGGUGCUCUUCACCAAGCUCUACGGACAGUUCCCCUUCUACGACAGCAUCCCCCAGGAGCUCUUCCGCAAGAUCAAGGCCGCUGAGUACACCAUCCCUGAAGACGGCCGGGUAUCGGACAACACUGUCUGCUUGAUCCGGAAGCUGUUGGUCCUGGACCCACAGCAGCGCCUGACCGCCUCGGAAGUCUUGGACUCCCUCAGCUCCAUCAUCGCUUCCUGGCAGUCCCUGUCUUCGCUGAGUGGGCCUUUGCAGGUGGUGCCCGACAUAGAUGACCAGGUGGCCAAUCCGGAGAGUGCGCAUGAGGCUAAAGUGGUGGAGGACUGCUCUCAGUACGAGUUUGAGAACUACAUGCGGCAGCAGCUGCUCCUGGCAGAGGAAAAGAGCACUCUGCAUGAGGCCAAGGGCUUCUUCCUCCAGAAGCAGCGGCAGUUUGGGAACGUGCCUCCGGUCCGGCGCUUGGGGCAUGACGCGCAGCCCAUGAACCCCCUGGAUGCCGCCAUCCUAGCCCAGCGCUACCUCCGGAAGUAGCUCUCAGUGGAAGACGACACCGGCAGCCCCCCAUCCACCUGAUUGCCUCCCGGGACCCCUGAGAAUGUAGCCGGCCUUCCCUGCAGCCGAGACCCCUGCGGCCCGCGCACGAGGAGAGGCCGUUCUCUGAGGCUAGGAAGGAACAAUGGCCGGUGUCGGACUCUUCACUCUCCCUUCAGACGGCCAGCCCACUCUUCUUCAUCCUGACUCCGAAAUCUACCUCUCUGUCGUUUUUUUUAACCACACUGUUCUCUGGACUGGGACACCCAGCACUUUGGGCGGAAAUGUUUUUUGUCCCCAAGAAGCCGCCUCCAGAUGACACCAAGGGUUGACCGGCAGGCGCACACACGCAAAGCCUGUGUUUGGCUCCCCUACGGUUUGAAUAAGCUUCCCCUUCUCCCCACUUUAAACCUCUGGGUUUCGCAAAAGUCUGUUUCUCAAACCCAUUCAAUACACUUUUUCCUCCCCCCCCCCUAAAAAAAACCUUCCUCUGUUGGUUCCCAUUUUAAUUUAACGCCUAGUUUUGAUAUCGUUUGCACGAAGUCCUAGUGCAACCGAAGACUCGGACGAAUGGAAUCGUCUUCGCUAUAUUGAGCUUAUUGCAGUGAGAUGCGGGAAGAGUUUGAAAUGUAGCUUUUUUUUUCCUCUUUGAUUUUUGGAAGGGUUUUCUUUCUCUUCAAUUCCAAUCACUUCAUUGUUUUGGAUUUCUGUUUUGUUUGCAGUCGAUCGUUCGCAAGAGAUGUGGUAGCGCUGCGUACUUUGUGUCGAUGUCUGUCUUGCUGUACAGCAGUUCGACUGAAAAGAUAAUUAAUGUGAAGGGUAUUUUGCCCUUGCCCUCUCCCUUCCGAUCCUGAGCUUGCCCUUCUUUCCCAAUGUAACCUCCCUGUUGCCACUGGUUCAGGUUCAGGGGGGCUUCUUGUGGGGCCUUUGGACACUCCUCCCUGCAUUGUCUUGCCACGGUCCAGAAACAGCACUUCGGGCGAAGGAUCCUUUCUGAGCCACGUUCCGCAAACUGGAUGCCUCUCUUGCCAGACAAAGCCGACGCUCAAGCGGCCCUUUCUGGGGAUCCUCUUCUCCCAGCCAAUUCUCUUGCCCUCCAUUACUCCCCAGCCAUUGGACCAGGACAGGUUUAGGUUUCUCUUUCUCUUGGCCAAGAACAUUGAGGUGAAGUCUCAAGACGGAGCUGUUGGAUCCUGCCUUGAAAGGUAUGCAUUUGGGGCCUGGGUGACGUUCUUGCACAGGGUGCAGCUCCUCAAAACUUGGCUCCAUCUGAGAAGUUUUUAAUAGGAGACAAUGGAAGGAUUCUGGGAUUUCAAACACCUGUAUCUUUCUUGUGGCCAAUGUACAAACCAUUCUUAAAAGUGUCCAUGGAACUUGCAUCAUCUUAACUUGGGAAACAUCAGGCCGGGAAGAAAGUGGGAUGGAAGAUCUGCUGUGUCUCUUAGCCACUGUUUCUGGCCUUCCAUGUGAUCUCAUGGCCUUCUCCAUCAAUGAUCAUCCACGGAUGGUCCUUCUCAAGCCGCAUCCUCGACUACUCGGCUUCCCAGGAAGAACCUGGACCAACGGAUUGGAAAGACUCCUGGAAAGGCAUGAGGUCGAGACAGUGGGGCGUUUGCUAUGGGCCCUCCUUAAGCCAUCUCCAAGGGGCUAGAAGUUGAAGGUCCCCUUCAUCUUGCUUCCUCAGGGCCCAUCUUUCGGGGCGACAGGGAUAGAAAGAACCAAUUGAGCAGAGAGGGAAACAUUUCCAUCAUCCCAGAAGUUAAUGGCUGCAUUUGUCGUUGGCGAAGCCAUGGGAGCGUCCCCUGAAAGCAACCCCGUGAAUUGGACACAUCUGCGGUCUGACCACAAAGCGAUGCCUUCUGUUGGGCCCCAAAGUUUUGAUCCAUGUACAAGAACAGCAGAAAAACAGCUCUGUUCAAUGACCUCCCUUCAAAGCAGAGGCUUCCAGGUGCCUUCUCUCGGACGCCAGGGUUUGGCUGCUUUUGUUCCAUGGCUUUUCUUUCCAUUUGAAUGGAAGUGGGAGAUGGCCAGCAGGAAGCUGAGCGGAGCUUCCUGCCUAAAUAUAUCCCCAGGAAGAAUGACAUGUUUCCUCUGGUUUCCUCACCAAAGAGCCGUCUCCUUCAGGGCUCAAGCUUUUCUCCACUCCUUCAAGGAAACAAGAGGAUCCUCCGUUACCUUUCUCCGGAUUUUCACCCCUGCUUUCGAAUCCAGAUAGCAAUACGCCACUGGCAAAGUGUGUGUUCCAGUCCCGUCUGUUGCGAAGAAUUGGGAGGAGGCGGAAAGGAAAUGGGGCGGUUCAAGGGGCAAGCGUCUUGGUUUUUGGGGAGACUGCAGGCCGAGACAAAGAUCCUGUUGUAAAAAAAAUUGCAAAGAGAAUUUGUAUAGAGACCUAUUUUUGUAUUACAUCCAACUAUUCCUGCAUGUCAGCAAUAAAAGUUUCGUAACGUA